GUUUUAGCAGCUCCUCUCAACUCACCUUGUCUUUUGCCUAAUCUUUUUACCAAAUGGAUCUCCAAGAAUUUAUUGUUGUGCUUCUGGUAAUUUUUUUGGAAGGAGAAAGACAGAAGAUAAGGUUGAUGAAUGAAUCACUGAUGGCUGAUCGAGUUGCACUUCAGGAGAAGGAGAGGGAGCGUUCCAUGCUUAUGAGAAACAAUCAGGAUAUGCUCGCAAAAGAAGCGGCAAAGGAAAAAUUGGUUGAUGAUUUCAUGGCUUUCAUUGGAGCGAAUAAGAACAACGAGAAUGCCCACAAUUUUGAUGAAAAAGCAAUGAUGAAAGCUAUUGAAACUAUGAUGAACAGUGACGGCGACGACAAUGGAGGAUUUGCCAAUGGUUACGGAAAGAGGCUGAAGAUAAGGCUGAUGAAAGAAUCACUGAGGGCUGAUGAAGUUGCACUUCAGGAGAAGGAGAGGGAGCGUUCCAUGCUUAUGAGAAAAAAUCAGGAUAUGCUCGCAAAGGAAGAGACGAAGAAAAAAUUGGUUGAUGAUUUCAUGGCUUUCAUUGGAGCAAAUGAGAACAACGAUAAUGCCCAGAAUUUUGAUGAAAAAGCAAUGAUGAAAGCUAUUGAAACUAUGAUGACCGGUUACGGCGGCGACAAUGGAGGAUUUGCCAGCGGCUACGGAGACAGUAAUGAUCUCGGAAUCGAUCUGGGUCUUGAAGGAAAAACUACGAUCGAUGGAAGUAUUGCUCUGGUGAACAAAGUUGGCAGUUGUGACGGCGAUAAUGGAGGAUUUUCCGGCAACCAAGGGGAGAUUAAUAAUGCCCUUGAGAACGCUCAGAAGCUUGGUAAGGAAGCUACGAAGACCGCUGCUGAUGGAACAAACGGUGACGGCGAUGAAGGCAGCAACGCUGGUGGUUAUGGUAGCAGUUACAAUGGGAAACGCCGCAAGUAGGAUGAUGGUGGGCCCCAUUAAUUACAUUUAUAUGGAAAGAUUUACGAACUACGGUAUAUUUUCAAGUUGAUGUCCUGUCGUGUUCUGCAAUAUUUGGAUUAAAUAUUUUGUCGAUUAAAGUACUAAUAAGUUGCUGCUGAGUGGUAUUGGAGUUGAUUUUAACGUUGAAAAUUUGAAGUUCGAGCUUCGAUAAGGUGGCAACGAUUUGUGAACUUAAAUGAGAUUUGGCUUGUACUUUGAAUUAUUUAAAGUACUAGUUUGUUUGUGUGUUUUUUUUUUCUUUUUUUUCAUGUUCAUUGGUGUGAAAGGGCUAGAAAAUUAAGGACAACCUCAAACAUGGUUUGAUGCUAUCCUGUGGUUGAAAAACUCGGUAAUACGGGAGAUUAAAUUGUUGUAAUGAGUAAUUAAGGACAACCUCAAACAUGGGUUGAUGAUAUUAGCUACAAUAAUCAAUUGUUCUAAAUGGAA